AUGCCAUUGUUUUAUACACUCUUAAUUAGAUUUUUAGCAAUUGCAUUCAUUUUAGGUCCUCUUCCUUCAGAUCCUGAUCCAAACUUCCCCUUCCAAAGUCAUUUCGAAAAGAAGCACAUCCUCCCCAAUCCUAAGAAAGGCCUUCAGAAUAUAAUUGGGGGUGAAAAGCGCAAGCAACGCCUAAAACGCAAAGAAAAGGCCGAACUUGAGCGAAUAAUCAAAGCAGCACCCAAAGCUCAACCAAUAAAAACACAAGAAGAUCAUCAGGCUUCCCCAGCCAAAAGUUAUCUCUCUGACUGGCGUGAGUUUCAGGCUCGAAUUCAAGCGACCGUAACUGAUACUACUUCGAGACUUGAGUCAUUGAAGUGGGCUGCUGAACCAACCCCAGAUAAGAAGAAGUCUUCAAGCAGUUGGGCCAACUUUGAGGCACAUCAAGAACCGCAGGUUGUUGAAAACUGGGCGGAAUUUGAGGAAGAAGAAUCAGAGGGACAAAAUCACAUCGAAGAAAGUUCUUAUCAGGAGACUCAUUCAGGACAACCCCUACAAGGGGAACCUUUUAAUCAAUCAACAGAACCAGUUGUUCAAGAGGACGAUUGGGCAGAUUUUGAUCAUCUUCGAAGUGGCGAUCCGUCUAUUGAUCUAACCUCACUCAACUUAAAUCAAACAGCCGUUGAAGAGUGGAGUUCUCAACCACAACCUGAGAGAGAAGUAGAGACCGAUAAUUGGGCUGAUCUUGUAGCUUUGAGGUUUCCUGAAUCAGGACAAUCCGCAUCUGGCGUACCUUCUGGUAAUAACUGGGCAAAUUUUGCACAAAAUCAAGAGGAGGGAAGGGCAGAUUACCCAGACGGACAGUCGAAAUCUCAAGACUGCCAAGAUUUAAGUUGGUUUGAAAUCGAAUCUGAGCAAAAUCAAAGGUCAAUAGUUGAAACCUUAACUGAAGCGACUUUGGGUAACGUUGAACAAGGCUUUGAUUCUCCAAUAGGCUCACCUAAAACCACUGAAAAAGCACCCAUCGAUCUCAGCUGGUCUGAAUCCGAACCUAGGGAUACUCAUCGCGAUUAUCCAUUAGUGUCGUCCGAACAAUUCGCUCAAGAAUCCUAUCAAGACCAAAUUCAGUCACUUGGAGCACAGAUUUCCCAUCAACAAGGAAAGCCAGACAUUCCAGCUAACUUUGAAAACGAACUUAUCUCGAGAAAUAUACAAGAAAAAUCAAGAGAAACAUCAAUAUCCCAAUCUUCUUCUUUCGAUCAGCAUUCUUCGACCCCAAGUCAAAUUCAACACUACGGUUACGACGACCCAUCUUCACAAGUAACUACUGAAAUCUACCAAUCAUCAGUCGAUGAACCUACAGUAAUGGAAGAAUCAUCAACAGCCACUUCGGUUACCGAUCAUGAACAUACAAAGGAUUAUCAUUACGAUUAUUUACCCAAUUCUAACGACAAUGUAAAGCAGAAUUCACAGCCAACCGAAUUUGAUACUUCAUAUGGAUAUGAUGAUUCUGAUGGUGAGAAGCAUUUAGCACAAGAAAUAAGCAGUGUUGCCAGCUCUGAAGUAAAUGAAUUCGUCUCGGAUGUUAUAGGUACGGCCGAGACAGAAAUGGAAACUCAGGCAAUUGCGCCAGAAAUUGUAGAGCUCUAUACAAAUAGUGGGCGAAUCAAACCCAAAGCAGUCAGACAAGGUACUAUAACAGAGAAUAAUCCCUUUCGAAGAGUAUCAAGAACUGAAAAUUCUGAGAAUGCUGAUCAGGAACCGAAUGACGAGCAGCUAGCGUUGGAUGAUGAGAAGACAACCCUUGCUACUGUCACGCUCUUCAGUCAGUCUGUCCAUGAUGAGGAUGAGGAUGUGGAAGAAGAAGCUUCUCAUGAAUAUGAAAAUUCUGAAAUAGCCACAACUCCAAAAGACAAGGACUUCGAUCCGUUCCAAACAAUCUACCCUACUUCAGAUAAGGAAAGUUCCAGCGAGAAUGAAGAUGAGUCUGACAGGACAAUACCUCAGAUAUCCAUAAAGAUGGAGAAAUUAAAUAAUGAAAAAUCGAAAUUAGAAACAGUAAAUAUCCCUAUUUUACCAGCUCCUCCAAAAACGGAAACUCCUGCUUACUCUGGUGAUCUAAUUGUAGCGGGUGAUGAUUUUGAAAGUGGGUUUUCUAAGACGACUGUCGGAUCGGCAAAUUUGGAAUGUGAUAGCCAAGUUCCUGAGGGAUGGGAAACAUUCACUUCCGACACAACUGCUGCGCCAGAAGAAAGUACCGAAGCAACAGAUAAUGAGCUUAUGAAGGCUUUUGAGGUGGAUUGGACUAAGCCACCUGUUCCAGUGGCAGCUAUACCAGAAGCUCCCAGAUCUGAAACACCAGACCCUGAGCUGGAAAUUCCUUUCAAUCCUCCACCGCCUGAAAAUCCCGUAUGGAGAAUGUGGAUUAGAUAUCCAGAAAAGAAAAAGAAGAUGAAACAAGUAAGCAAGUAUACAACGGAUAGAACUUGGAAGGAAAUUGCAAUCACGCUGUCAGAUGAUCGAGGCCGUUGUGAAAUCAAUCUGCAUGAUAUUGAUCCAGAGUCAAAAGAACAUAUCAAACAGCCCUACCGAACACUCAGAGUAGAACCCUACAUGCAACUGUCUCGUUGUAAACUCCAGCAGUAUGAUAAGUAUGGAAAGUUGAAUAUCUUUAAGGUCAAUCAUGUUGCCUACAAGGAGCUUCCUGGUAUGAGACCUGAAAAGUUCUCUAUCAAGACCUUCCAAAAUCUCAUUUCACAUAAACCCAAGCAAAACGUUGUUCUGGAUCAUCUUCCUGUAUAUACGGAGAUUCUUAAAUUCGGAUCAAUGGAUAGGCCUCUCAUGCGAAGUCUGAUGACGGUUCUUGAAGAUUCAUUAAUGAAGAUUCCUGCACAUAAAGAUGAGGGCAUUAACUACACACAUGAAGAGGUUUGUUGCUACGUCGUCGAUGAAUACGUUGGAAAGCUUUCUGUUGCUGGAAUAAUUGAGGAACAGAAGGCAAGGACCAGGAUAUUCUGCAGCGCAUUCGUGAACGGUAGUCCGCAUAUAGUAUUGGGAAUCAAUGACAAAUGGAGGUUUGGAAGAGAGGUUGUUCGAAGAUCGGAUAUCCUUCCAGUCCUCCAUGAUGACUGGAUCACAAUCUGGAAGCCAGAAUUUCAUUCCCUUCUGGAAAUGAAUGAUUAUGACAAGGACCACCUUCUGAAGUUCUAUCCACUGGAUGGUUGCAAAUUUGAACUCAUGCGAUUCAGAGUAAGUCUAAGACAUAAUCGAGAGCUUCCUAUGCAAAUUCACUGCACAUACUCAAUCGACGAUCGAAAAAUAUCAAUGCGUUGUGAAUUAAUGGUACCUGGAUACUUUACAGCAACCGGACGUUCAGGUGCCACUCCUUGUGAAGAUGUGGAGAUCCGGAUACCAGUCCCCGAAGAGUGGAUCUAUCACUUCAGAGUGGAAAAGCACAACAAGAUGGGUUCCGUUCAUUCCACCUUGAGAAAGCCUGGCAAAAUAAAGGGUCUGGAAAGAAUUACUCAAAUGGCUCAAAGUUUACUUCCACCAAGCCUGCUGGAAGCCAGCAUUGGAUUGGCCAAAUACGAACAUAUAUUCAAGGCGAUUGUCUGGCGAAUUCCUAGAAUUCCUGAUAAGAAUGAAGCAUCUUACCGACCUCAUCUCCUAACCUGCAACCUUCUGCUUAGUCCUCAUGAUACUGUUCCAGAAUGGGAUACUCUCGAAAAGGAUGUCCAUAUAGAAUUCACCAUGCCGUCAAGCACAGUCUCUGGAACAACAGUCCGGUCAAUUUCCGUAGAGACCACAGGCAAUGCCGAAAAGUUCGUUAAGUACACAGCCAAGUAUCGUCUUACCAAGAGUAUUGAUUACCAGUUGGGUCAUAGAAAGGACAAACCUCUGGUAGGAAUAUUGGAUGUUGAAGUCGAAGCGCAGAAUUCCUCCUCAGACUCCGAACAAGAACCAGAGGAGGAGAAGAAUGUGGGACUGAAUACUAAAUGCGAGGCAGAAAAUAAGGUCACCAUAGAAGGAGGGGUUGCAGUGGAUGAUCUAAUAGGUGAAGGACUCCGUAGUACCACUCCAACUCAGCCUGCUCAACCAGACACCUCUCAAUCCAAUGAAUUAGUAGAUAUCUUUGGUUAG